UUUAGCCUACCCACUUUUCACCUAAUGAUGCAUUAAACACACAGAAAAGCUUUUGCUUCUUUGCCUACAGGUGAGUAUGAUAGUGGUUAGAGAACUGGGAUUGAGAGAGAAGAUUAAGAAAUGCUUAUUGUAUUUUCUACCCUUAACAGAAUUACCAAACACUUUAUUAAGGGUUUAUCUUUACGUAUGGUGCUGCGUUGAAUACUAUACAGGUAAAUAAUUUAUAAAUAUCAUUAUUAUUUCUGCCUUCUAGCAACUAAUAUUCUAUGCAACUGAUAUUCUCCAUAGGAAUAAGGCAUGCUAAUGGGGAUUAUAUUGAGCAGAAAACUUAAUCAAUUAAAAUUUUGUUUUCUGAAAUUUAGCCUCAACCAUUUGUGUUCUAAAAGGCCAAAGUGGAUGGGCCAAUCAGGUGAAUAAAGUCCUGCAUCUCUCCUCCAUUCAAGCAAUUAUUUUUACUCGUUCCCCAAAUAAAGUGCUCCCUCACAGUCAGAAAAUUGCCUCUAAAAUAUUCCUUUAAGUCAAAAUUACUGGCUUGGAAAUUAUUCUCUCAGGUAGGGCUUUGGGAAUGAGGGAAUAUGCCUUCAUUUUCUUUUUUGUGCUUCCACUGAGAGAAAACCGCUGCCUGAUUUUUACCCCCAGCUUUUUGAAAAUUUUCAAACCCAUGGAAUCCUCAAAAUAAUGGGAAAGGAAUGUUGAAUGAAUAUUUGUAUAUCUUUCACUUAUAUUCUCCAAUUGUUGACAUUUUGCCGUAUUUGGUCUCUCCUAUCUCCAUCUCUCUUUAGUAAACCAUUUGAAAAUUAGUAGCAGACUUUAUAUUAUACUUUUGCCUGAAGUAUUUAGGCAUGUAUCUCCUAAAAACAAGGGCAUUUCCCUGUAUAAACACUGUAUCAUUAGCAUGUCCCCAAGAUUUAUCAUAAAUAGCUAAUAUUGAGACCAUAUUCAAAUCUCCCCUGAUUGUCCCCAGAGAAGUGCUUCAUGGUGGACUUUUCCCCUAAUAUAGGAUCCCGUGAAAAACAUGUAUUGCACGUGGUUGUCAUGUCUCUUUAUUCUCUUUAAUUUUUUUUAGCCUCUCUAAAAAGUCCCUCUACCCUUUUUGUUGUUGUUCUUGAGACAUUGACAUUUUUCAAAGCCUAGGUUAGAUGUCUUUCAGAAAGUCUUGCAAUCUAGAUUUGUCUAAUUGUUUCCUCAUGUUUAGAUUCAGAAUAAAUGUAUUUAGCAAGAAAGCUACAUAGGCAAUGUUGUGUACUUCCUGUUGCAUCAUGUCAGAAGAUUACUUUCUAUGAAGACAAAAAUUUUCAAGGCCGUCGCUAUGACUGUGAUUGCGACUGUGCAGAUUUCCACACAUACCUAAGUCGCUGCAACUCCAUUAAAGUGGAAGGAGGAACCUGGGCUGUUUAUGAAAGGCCCAACUUUGCUGGGUACAUGUACAUCUUACCCCAGGGAGAGUACCCUGAAUACCAGCGUUGGAUGGGCCUCAACGACCGCCUCAGCUCCUGCAGAGCUGUUCAUCUGCCUAUUGGAGGCCAGUAUAAGAUUCAGAUCUUUGAGAAAGGGGAUUUUAAUGGUCAGAUGUAUGAAACCACUGAAGAUUGCCCUUCCAUCAUGGAGCAAUUUCACAUGCGAGAGAUCCACUCCUGUAAGGUGCCGGAGGGUGUCUGGAUUUUCUAUGAGCUACCCAACUACCGUGGCAGGCAGUACCUCCUGGACAAGAAGGAGUACCGGAAGCCCAUCGAUUGGGGUGCAGCCUCCCCAGCUGUCCAGUCUUUCCGCCGCAUUGUGGAGUAAUGACAUGAAUGGGGCCAUAUUCUUCCUGGGGCCCAAAUGCUGGCUGGCCUUGUGGUCCAAAUAGGCAUCAUCAAUAAAACAGUUGGCAUGCAUCCCA